AUGUGUAGCUGGAACUACACACAUGUAUUGGUUUAGCUAGGCAGGUGUUCGACAUAAUUAACUUGGUGUCGAUGACGAGGAUUAAUUGAUUAUGUUCAAGUAGUUGCCAGGGUAAUUUAAGCGUUGGACAGAUUGCCAGCUAGCAGUAACGAUGCAGAAUAUGGAAGAUCUAGGAUCUGAACAAAAAAAUAAUUUUGAAGGGUCACCUACUUCAAAUGAUGAGAAUAAAAGUAAAUACCCACUUCUUCAUCGGGAGAUUUUCGCAGAAAGAAUUGAACUAAGUCACUACGAUAAGACGUGCAACAAGUGGACAAGUCCCAUUGUGGGAUUUGUUAAAAUUCUUGAAGUUUCUAAUCACUACCGGAUCAAUAUCAAACAAGAUGAGGCGAAUAUCACUAGGGCUGACCAUGUAAUUACGAGUCAAAUGGAACUUCAGCCUAAAGAUUACAAACAGCGCUCUUUUAAUUACUGUGCGAAGGUCAAGGAGUCUGAUCUAAAUGAAGAAUUUUUGCAAGUUAAGUUUGCAAAUACAGAACAAGCAUCACGAUUUGCUGAAAUAUUUAACCGGUGUAGAGGAGAAUUGAAAUAUACUACAGAGAGUGAUGGUAUAACUGACACAAUAACAGAAAAAUCGUUCCCUUUGGGAAGUAGUCUAAACCAGAGCUGUAGAAAAGUCAAAACUGUCAGUAUUGAGUGUCAGACAAACAACAGCGAUGACGACAUAGAAAAUGUCAGUUUGACCGACGAAAAAAUUAAAGAUAAACAAGAUGGCAGUAAUGUUUUUAAAACUGGUGAAGAGCUAGGAAAAUUAACUGUUGGAGACCGAGUUAUUUUCCCUGCUAUAGCUCAUCCGAUAACAUUAAUUGAUACUCUGGAUAGCUCUGACGAUGAACAGGACGAAAAUGAUAUUAAUGAAGGUACAGAAGAUGAGCAGAAUCCUUAUGAAGGAUUAGAAGAAUCCAGGACUCCACUAAGGUCAUGUUUACGUGAUAUGAUCAAGCCCAACACUGGUAGCUGGGAAUGCAGUGGUUGUUACAUACGCAACAAUGAGGAUGUGGCUAAAUGCCCUGCUUGUGGUACUUUCAAACCAGGAUCAAAACCAGCCAGCACUGCUACAAGUUCAUUAUUGAGUGAAAUGUUUAAGCCCAAAGCUGGGAGCUGGGAAUGUGAUGGUUGUCUGGUGAGAAACAACUCUGAUGUGGUCAAGUGUCCAGCUUGUGGAACUUUGAAGGCUGGCACCAAACCUGAGGAUGUGCCUAAACCUGCAGCGGGUGGAAUCUCUUUUGGUGCUUCUCUUUCUGCUGGACCAGCAGGUUAG